AUGGAGGGAGACGAGGGUUCGGGGUCCGUAGGGUCUGGCGCACAGUUUCAGGGUCAGACAUGUUGAGACGCGACGUCUUUCGUCUGGACUCAAAUGUAGGUGUGCGCGCGUUGUUUGGUUUCUUUGUUGGUGCUCCAUGGAGCUGGGUACAUCGCUACAGCAUCCCCACGCUGUUGCGUUCAGUCCCAAUCAUUCCCAAUCCUGGAGGUUUGUUCGAAUGUUAUCAUGUGAAGGGCUCAUCAUUCAUGUGUUUUUUUGUUCACCUUUCAUGCCUCAGGUCGUUCAUGGCAUCACCGGCAAUUGUUUUGUCCGUUUGGCUACUUUUAUAUGGUCGUUAAGCUGUUGUUAUUAUCAUGUGAAGAACGGCCUAGGCCAAACAUUGAUGACUUUGUUGACCCUUCUUGGAUGGCAAGUUUAUUUUGUAGCGUGUGAGAAAUGAUCCGGAUGAUCUUCGCGUUGUGGCGUCUUCUUCGCCCAGUUGCAAACUCUACCGCCACGGACUGCAAUUCAUUUCGAAGGCCCUGUUGGUGUUCUCUAGCUUACAUGUACACGAAUACGUUGUAUGUUGAUAUGCAGGACCUACUCGUAACUCCUGCUUGGAAGCCCUCAUCGUUUCUUUGAAUGAGACGUGCGACGGGUCGAGCUGGUACACGUCGACCAAGGAGCUGCAGCUGGCCUCCUUGGAGUUCUGCAUCGCGUCCAGGAGCUAUCCGACCGUGCACUUGAAAGUCGCCGACCAAAUUCCACGCAGGCUGCUGGCCAUUGCAGAUGCUCCCCCGCUGAACCCGAAGCGGUUAUGUUGGACACGUGUGCCAUGUCUAAGAGCGCGCCGCGUGACGUGGAACUUCCCGACAGCAGCGAAAUUGAGAUAUCCGAUCUUUGCCAUGACCGACGUGGAGUACCUGGAAUUCCGCAUGGGCUUUGAAGACGGCCUUGACGCUGUGGCAUGGCCACAACGAACGGCUGAAAACGAUCCACUUUCACGUAUGUUCGCCAUUAAACCAGCCUCUGGGACUGGUGCAAUGGCCAGC